AUGGCAGACCACGAAGACCAGGUCGUGGAGUUUGCCGGCCUGAGCGGCGCAAGCCCUGAAGAGGCCAGACAGUAUCUUGAAGCACACAACUGGGAUCUUGCAGAGGCAAGCAACGCUUGGUUUCGCGAUGCCGAAGAGGAUAGUCGCGAUACAUCGACAGCACCAGCUCCGGCUGCAGCGCCCGCUCCCGACAACUAUACUGGUCCUCGGACCCUCGAUGGUCGACCUGCCCCAGAAUCUGCUCGCAGUAGUGCCCAAGCAGCUCGCAAGCCUGCUGCAUCACAGCAAAAGAAGAAGGGAAUCGCUACUUUAGGAUCUAUUGGUAGCUCAUCCCACCAACAUGACCAUGGCGAUGAUGACGAUGAUGAUUUCGAUGGUGAAGACGACGAUGGUAGAGGCAACCUGUUUGCAGGUGGUGAAAAGUCAGGCCUGGCUGUUCAAGAUCCGAAUCAAGAGGGCGGCCCCAAGAAAAUCAUUAGUGACAUUCUCGCCAAGGCACGAGCAAAUGCUGCGCGCCCUGAAACCGAAAGCGAGGCUGGACCGUCGGAGCCCAGCCGCUUCCGUGGAACCGGACAAACACUUGGUGGUGAUGGUGUCGAAAGCCGUGCCAUCCCCGAUCCCCUCGGCCCAGCCCGCCCCAGCAACGCUGAAUCCCAAGAGCGAGUCCUUCACAUCUGGCAGGACGGCUUCAGCAUUGAUGAUGGAGAUCUCCGCCGAUUCGACGACCCUGCCAACCAGGCUGACCUUGCAUUGAUUCGAUCUGGUCGUGCUCCUCUUCACCUCAUGAAUGUGCAGCAUGAUCAACCCAUCGACGUCAAGCUUCAUCAGCACGAAACACCAUACCAACCUCAGCCGAAGCAAUACAAGCCUUUUGGCGGCUCUGGCAAUCGACUUGGGGCCGUUGUACCUGGCGUUUCAGAGGGCUCAAGUUCUACUGCUGCGCCUGCUGCAGCGCCAUCGUCAUCCAGCGCUCCCUCCGUCGACGACUCGCAACCGACUAUCAUGAUCAGAAUCCAGAUGCCUGAUGGCACCCGUCUCCCGGCUCGUUUUAACACAACCCACACUAUCGACGAUGUCUACGGUUUCGUGCAGGGCGCGUCAACAGACACCAGAACUAGACCAUGGGUUCUCUCCACGACAUUCCCCAACAAGGAUCAUACCGAUCGCAGCCUUGUCCUUGGAGAAAUGUCCGAGUUCAAAAAGGGAGGCACAGCUGUUGUAAAGUGGACUUGA